UGAGACCGAACUGGUUCAGUUUACUGUUCCUGAAAUGAGAUGAACGUGAGAUUGACAGAGCCGCUCAACAACAACUCCGCUUCAAGUUAGCUUCAACAAUGCGAUAGUUAGACAAAUUAUGUCAACAACUCUCGCUUACUUUUUAGUCUUGUCUUCAAUCAUAGACGCACAUCGCUAAGCCGUGUAUGUGGGAGAGAGAAGUUAUCCAUCUUUUUGGAGUUGUCAAAAUAUUUCAUUAGUCUGUAUCAACAACUUUUUUGUCAAGAGUGCUGUUGGACCAUUCAAGCGGUGCACAUGUUGCUCACUUGUUGAUUGUAUUUGCUAAUUAAUAUCAGUGUGGAAGACGUCAUUCGUCAAGAUGGUAGAAAACUGAUCGCAAAAGUGUCAAAUAGCCUAGUGACUGAGAUGGACCUAUAGAAUCUGGCACUGAAAUAGAGACAGACGGACCUGAAAUAAGUUUUUCGACAGUGACAGUGGAUGUGCAAGUUCCUUGCGAGGCUUCGUAACCACUCUGGCCGGAGUGGCACAUGGACCUGCGUACCCAGAGGUUGGUGCGUCCCGAGCCUGACUCGGUUAUGCUGGCACCCCACCACUCCCUUUUCCUGGGAGCCUUCUCAGCCCAGCACUGUGCCCAGGACUCCCAGAAGCACCUGCCACAGCACAUCCACUACGAGUAUGACAUGGAGCAGAGUCGCCAGGAGAAAGAGCCGGACAAGAGACAAGAACUGCAGCAGCUGAUGUAUAAGGAUAAGAGUGAGCAAAGUGCUGUGGCCAGUCCCCUGGUGAAACAGAAACUCAGAAGCCAAAUCCUGAAGAGGAAGGAGCAGGCCACCCUGGAGAAGACCGCCUCCAACCCCACCAGACACACGCCCAGGGGUUACAGGGAACUGGCCCCAGAUCCUGACAUGCCCCCAAAGCCUCACAUGGUGACCCCUAUUGUCCAUCAUCCACCAUGUGACCAACGCAAGGACACGCCACUCAGAAGAACAGCUUCUGAUCCCCUCCUGAAGGUGAGAAGUAAACUGAAAAAGCACAUCAACUCCAGACAGAACCCUCUCCAACGCAAGACCAGCGCCCCACUCACAGUCAAGCCCAGAAUACCGGAUACUCUGGACUCCUCUCCCAGCAGUACAUGUAGCACUCCAGUGUCUGGGUGCAGCUCGCCCAAUGACAGCCUUCUCUCGGACAGCCCACUUACUACCGGACUAACCCACGUGGUCUACCUGCCCAUGGAGAGACACAGUGCUGCCCACCAUCACCUCCAGCCCAUGUUCAUCCUGGAGCCCUCAGGACUGCUGCAUACACAGCUAGUCACUGUGCGAGGUCUGAACCCAGGCCUUAUCCAGUACCCCUCCUCCAGACUGGAAGGCCUGGUCACCUUGGGCCCCCACAGGCCCCUGGGUCGGACCCGGUCUGAGCCCCCACUGCCCUCUCACCAGCAGCACCAGCUACUGCAGCAGAACCACAAUCUGCUGCUGGAGAGACUCAAACAAAACACACACCUGGACCAGCCUCGUCUCACACAGAUCCCCUCGGAGGACAUGGACCCAGAGGAGAUCAGGUCAGGGGAGGGGGAUGGAUACCAGAGAAGUAGACAGAGUGGAACCAGCAGCUCUGAGUCAAUGUGGGACACAGAGUCUACCUCCUCACGAGACAGCCAUGGGGAACAUAUCAGGAAAUGCACACCUCUGAUGGAUCAGUCAUUCCAUUGGGAGCAGUCCAGGCACCUUCAGGUCCUGACAGAAAGGCGCAGACAGGUGACCUACCUGGACAGCCUGGGUGUGCCUGUGGUUCUUGGCCCUUCCCACCGCCCCCUUGGCCGUGCAAAGUCCUCCCCUGCCUCUACCUCUCUUCCCCCUCCUCCACAGCCCACAGACACCCCGCUGUCUCUGCCCAGCACUGGUCCGGAGACCCCCACCAAGCUACGAUUCACCACUGGUCUGGUGUAUGACUCUCAGAUGCUAAAGCACCAGUGCACCUGUGGCGACAACAGCCGACACCCAGAGCAUGCUGGGAGAAUCCAGAGCAUCUGGUCCAGAUUGCAAGAAAGAGGCCUCAGAAACCAAUGUGAGUGUAUCCGUAGCAGGAAGGCCUCUCUGGAGGAGCUUCAGUCUGUCCACUCCGAGAAGCACGUCCUGCUGUAUGGCACCAACCAACUCCAUCGUCUCAAACUGGACAACCGCAAGCUGGCUGGGAUCUUAUCUCAAAGGAUGUUUGUGAUGCUACGAUGUGGAGGAGUUGGGGUGGACAAUGAUACGAUCUGGAACGAGAUGCACACAUCAACGGCGUCUCGCUUGGCAGCAGGCAGCGUGACAGAGCUGGCACUCAGGGUGGCACAGGGAGAGCUGAAGAAUGGCUUUGCAGUGGUGAGGCCCCCUGGACAUCAUGCAGCCCACUCUACCCCCUUGGGUUUCUGCUUCUUCAACUCCGUGGCCAUCGCAGCCAAGCAGCUCCAGCACAAACUCAGCAUCAGCAAGAUCCUCAUUGUGGACUGGGAUGUUCACCAUGGGAACGGUACCCAGUCGGUCUUCUACAAUGACCCCAGCGUGCUGUACAUCUCCCUGCAUCGCUAUGACAAUGGCAAAUUCUUCCCCGGUAGCGGGGGCCCAGCUGAGGUGGGAGUAGGAGCAGGUGAGGGCUUCAAUGUCAACGUGGCGUGGACGGGAGGCUUGGAUCCCCCCAUGGGCGACGCAGAAUACCUAGCAGCAUUCAGGACUGUGGUGAUGCCGAUUGCCUUUGAGUUCUGUCCUGACGUGGUGCUGGUCUCAUCUGGUUUCGAUGCCGUCGAGGGACAUCUGGCGCCACUGGGGGGCUACAAAGUGUCAGCCAAGUGUUUUGGUUUUCUGACACGUCAGCUGAUGGGGCUGGCGGGGGGACGGGUUGUCAUGGCGCUGGAGGGGGGUCACGAGCUCACGGCCAUCUGCAAUGCCUCUGAGGCCUGUGUCAGGGCCCUGUUGGGCAUCCAGGUGGAACCCCUGUCUGAAGCAGUCCUAGAGAGGAGACCCUGUCCCAACGCUGUCCUGUCUCUGCAGAGAGUCAUCCAGGCCCAGGGUGAGUACUGGCGGUCGUUGAGGGUGGUGGCCCAAACAGUGGAUCAGUCAUACAUGCAGGCCCAAGGACACAGUCUGAGACGUGGCUCAGAGGACCACAAUGAUACCGUCUCUGCCCUGGCCUCUCUCUCCAUGGCCAGCCUCACCACAAACAGGACACAGCCAGAUGAACUGAUGGAGGGGGACAGAGACACCAUGUAGACAAGUGCACUUUCCAAUAAACCUAACACACACACGCACAUGCACACACACACACACACACACACACACACACACACACACACACACACACACACACACACACACACACACACACACACACACACACACACACACACACACACACACACACACACACACACACACACACACACACACACACACACACACUGUGAUCCACUCGGCCCUGCUUUACUUGACCAGAAUCCACUGUCUCCAGUUGACACUGUACAGACCAUAUCCUGACCACUAUAGGCAAACUGAGUAGCUUCCGCAUCACACACUUACACCUCAUCAGAACACAGUUCUACUAGCCUUACUACGACCACCCGCCUGCCUCGACCGCAACUCAACCGCACACUGAUAACGCAUCCCAUUAACAGGGUACAGGAGGACCAAGAGAGAGGAGAAUGAACACUGUCUUCAUGACAUGCCUCUGCAUGCCUCCCUCGUGUGUAACAUUGUGAACCGCGAGGACACAGAAGGAGAGGAGUAGCAGACCUGAGCAUAAACUGGAGGGGUGAAAGAUAUACCGUUAUAACCACCACCGGGGGGGAGGGGUUAAGACUUGACUUGUAGCAUGAAGUGACUUGACAAAGACCAGCUACAUGACUGGCUGUAAGCAGAGUCUCUCUGGGGAAGUGAGCUACUUUUUUAGCCAUCGGUCACAGGUUACCGCGGCACAUCGCCAGGCCAACAGAACCGAAUCACACAGAGAAGUAGGAAGUAGUGCCACGUCCCCACAGAAGUUACUAUGAAGGAGAACAGACAUCGCACCCUCACCGGGGGACACUUACAGACUUACUUAUUGAUAAUGUCAUUUGAAUUUAUGUGACGCCAACAAAAUUAAGAAAAAGUAAGAAGACUGGGAAUUUAGUUCAGACUUUUUUGCACUUUGUAUUUUGUAAUGUAAACCAAAGAGAGAAUGACAGAAUGGACCAUGUUGAAGCUCUUCUGGGAUUGACAAUAAAACAUGUAAAUUAUCAUACUCAUGUUUUUAAGCUGAUUUAAAUAUUGUAAGUUUGAUUUAUUGCGUAUUGUAUAUCAAAUGUCAAUACAUAAUAGUCAUGUUUUUUCAGUAGCAAAUAGAGAAGGCCUAGAACCCUAUGAUUCAGAGAUUUUCUAGUUGCUUUUCUUCCAAUGCAAAAGUGGGGUGUAAGACUCCCUCUCAGACAGCACUUAAGGAAAAGAUGAAGCCCCCCCAAAAAUAUGAUUUAUAUCUCAAGUUGAUGGCAUCCUCGUUCUUUGUCAUUCUAAUGAUAACAUUUCUUAGGAAAUGAAUCC